AUGUUCAGUGGCUCCUCGAGCCCACCCAAAGAUAAAUCAGAUACUAUCCCCCGAUCAGGUCCCAUAAAUACACCGUCGCUCAGUAUUCAGACCGAGGGUACCGUUGGAUCUCAAGCGAAAUCACCCCCUCCCACUAGUUUCUUCGGACGCAGAGCAAGCGAGGAACAGAGCCCUGGCGGCGACAAGAAGCGCCGAAGCAGUACGGUCUCAAAGGCAGCAUCAUUUUUCGCAAACGCAAAAAACUCCCUGAGCCUUAGUAGCCCCCGAACCGAAAGCGCGCUCAGUUCUUCGCUUCCAGAGUCUUCCUUACACAGAUACGGAAAUAUGGACCCAGCGCUCAACGUUCCACAGGGCUCACUGAAUAAUUCCGCGGGCGAAUCUUCACCAACUCCUCGAUCAUCUUUCAGAGUCGGCGUUACAGAGGACCGGAACAAAAAAUGUCGCCGGACUAUGGAAGAUACCCAUGCCUAUCUUUAUAAUUUCCUUGGUAACCCUGUACCGUCAGCGCAAAAUGAUGAUUCUGAUCAGAGCUCGCAUCCUAGCGACGCUUCGCCAAAGACCGGAGAAUUGACGCCCAUUGUUGAAACAGAUAAUGGCUACUUCGCAAUUUUCGAUGGCCAUGCAGGAACUUUUGCUGCCCAAUGGUGUGGAAAGAAGUUGCAUCUUAUCUUGGAAGACGUAAUGCGCAAGAACAUAAAUGCGCCUGUUCCCGAGCUUCUCGACCAAACAUUUACUUCCGUGGACCAGCAGCUGGAAAAGCUGCCGGUUAAGAAUAGCGGUUGCACUGCGGUUGUCGCAUUACUCAGAUGGGAAGAUAGAAUUCCCACCCCAAGUUCCGUGACCGGUUCGUCCGCCAUCGGGCCGGCAGCCGUGGCAGCGACCAAGGCCGGAGCGGAUUCAAAGGCAGAUGACACCCCUACCCAGGAAGCCGCCGCUACCCCGGUUCCUGCUAUUCCCCCCAAGUUACGCGAAAAGGCGAUUCGCCAGCGUGUCCUAUAUACAGCCAAUGUUGGCGAUGCCCGUGUGAUACUGUGUAGGAACGGCAAAGCCCUUCGCCUGUCUUACGAUCACAAGGGUAGUGAUGAGAACGAAGGGAGAAGGAUUGCUAACGCGGGAGGCUUGAUUCUCAAUAAUCGAGUUAACGGAGUUCUCGCUGUAACUAGAGCCCUUGGCGAUGCCUAUAUCAAAGAUCUUGUUACUGGGCAUCCUUACACAACAGAGACUGUCAUCCAGCCAGACCUUGACGAGUUCAUCAUUUUGGCCUGUGACGGGCUCUGGGAUGUAUGUAGUGAUCAAGAGGCUGUCGAUUUGAUUCGCAAUGUGUCUGAUGCCCAGGAGGCAUCGAAGAUUCUGGUUGAUCAUGCCCUUGCGCGGUUCAGCACUGACAACCUUUCCUGUAUGGUGAUUCGUCUCUAUGCAGACCGCCACCGCGAAGUUGCUAGUCAAGCAGUCGACCUGGCUGGGUGGGAGAGCCGCUCCUCGCGUGGUUUAAGCGAGACCGAUAAGAUUGUCGAAGGAGCUAGGAAGAGCAUGGCCAACACUGGAAUAGCAGAUGAAUCGGAAACGCUCAAGAAAGUUCACGAUGAGGCAGAAGAAUGCACACCAGAGGAAGUACCGGAGUCCAUAUUAUCUGCCUCGCCAAAUGCCCCAGCGGCUACACUCAAUCAGCCGAACAAGCCGGGUUCGAGCGACAGUACAUGA